AGCAACUCAUAGAUUUAAGAAAAAAAACAAGAAGAAAAAAAGCAAUUGUCUUAGGUUGCCAUCUCUAUCUCUAAGUCUCGCAGUUUAACCUCUAGCCUCCCCUCCCUCCUCCCCUCUCUCUCUCUGCAGUCUGAAGCAUGGAAAACAUGUCUCGUGAUGAACCAUCGUUGACUGUGCCUCUCAUUGUUGAGGAGAAACAAAGUCUAGGAUGCAAACUUGAAGAUGUGGAAACAAAUUACAGUCAUUCAACUACGGGGACCGCCUCUUCCUUCAAGACUGUUUUCCACGGACUAAAUGCUUUGUCAGGGGUCGGGAUCCUUUCGAUCCCAUAUGCUCUAUCGUCUGGAGGAUGGUUGAGCUUGAUUCUCCUCUUUGUUAUCUCCUUCGCAGCCUUUUACUCGGGCUUACUGAUCCAAAGAUGCAUGGAUGUGGAUUCAAAUAUCAGGACCUAUCCUGAUAUAGGAGAGCGUGCUUUUGGAUACAAGGGAAGACUUCUGGUUUCAGUUGUCAUCUAUGCAGAACUCUACCUAGUUGCAGCAGGAUUCCUGAUUCUUGAAGGGGAUAAUUUACAAAGAUUAUUUCCUGACAUGGUGCUUGAAGUGGCAGGGUUUGAAAUAGGUGCAAGACAAAGCUUUGUUAUUUUUGUGGCCAUUAUCAUUUUGCCCACGGUUUGGUUGGAUAACUUGAGCAUUCUUUCUUAUAUCUCUGCCAGUGGGGUUUUAGCUUCGGUUAUCAUUCUGGUCUCAAUUUUCUGGACUGGUGCAUUUGAUGGAAUUGGGUUUAAUCAAAAGGGAACAUUAGUAAAUUGGCAUGGAAUACCUAAUGCGGUAAGCUUGUAUGCCUUCUGUUACUGUGCACAUCCAGUCUUCCCUACCCUGUACACUUCUAUGAAAAACAAGCGCCAGUUCUCUAACGUUUUGAUUGUGUGCUUUAUUCUAUGCACCUUAAGCUACGCAUCAAUGGCAGCUCUGGGUUACUUGAUGUUCGGAUCAAACGUUCAGUCACAGAUAACAUUAAGCCUUCCAACUCAUAAUUUCAGCUCAAGACUGGCAAUAUACACCACUCUGGUCAAUCCAAUAGCCAAAUACGCGCUGAUGGUGACACCAAUAGUGAAAGUUACCAAAAACUGGUUUCCAUUGAACUGCAAUAACAGGCCAUUUAGCCUCUUCAUCAGUACGGCUUUUGUGAUAAGCAAUGUCACGGUAGCCCUCUCUGUCCCUUUCUUCGGUGAUCUCAUGUCGCUGGUCGGGGCAUUCUUAAGUAUGACAGCUUCUACUGUACUUCCAUGUUUAUGUUACAUGAAGAUUUCAAGAACUUAUAGAAGAUUCGGAUUUGAAAUGGUGGUAUUAGUGAGCGUAGUGCUACUGGGCAUUGCAGUUGUAGUAUUUGGUACUUACUCCUCUCUCUUGCAGAUAAUAGGGCACUUGUAAUAACUAGAUGCAUCCAAGUACGUUUCUCCUUGGUAAUGAAAAUAAAUGGUGUUGUGGUAUUAUAU